AUGGCCUCCCACCAAACAGGAUCUACCUCUUCACCCAGGGAGCCCGUGCCCACCCCGCCGCCCCUCUCCCUGUCGGACCUGUUCAAGAACAUCCAGAUGCCCCCGCCGAAUCCUAUUCCUACUGCCAAGGCCCCAUCACCCGCAAGCCAGAGCCAGGCUAGCGUGGGUGGUCCCCCCGGGUUGACUGGCGGGGUUGAUCAGAGGAGCAAGCUGCUGGGCAUGCUGUCCUUUGGGGGCACGCCGGCCAGCGGGGCGACCACGCCUGCGUUUACGGGUAUCACCUCCCCGCCAGUUAUCGCACACCAAUCGGGUAUUAUCACCUCGCCCCCGCCUCCCGCCUCUGUCGCGUCUGCUUCUCCGUCUGUGGCGUCCCUCCGCGGGCCCAGGGCGACGACUCCCGCCCACGAGCCCGCCCACUCGCCUGCGCCUGCGCCUGCGCCGGGGUCUGUGGUGGAGGACGACAACCCCCAAGCCCAAGCCCAAGCCGAGGUCGAGGUCCAAAAGGGUACGGGCACGCCAAAAGCAUCGGUCCCAGCAAAGUUUACGUUCAUCUCCCCCUUUGACGCUUUUGAUCCUACUUCUACCCCUCCCAACAAGGGCAGUGCAACGUCUUCUACGGCGUCGCCUGUGGGGUCGUACAGGGCUGAGCCUCGGGCGAGAGCUGGAGCUGCUUCUGCUUCUGCUGUUUACCCCGGUUCUGGUCCUGCUCCGGGGAGUGCUACGGCCGUCAGGUCGGAUGUGGAUGGGGAGGCUGUGACUCAAGCUUCCAUCCCAGCGCAGACUAUCCCUACUAUCGCUACGAAGCAGACUCCCAAGGCGAAGAAAGGUGGGAGGAAGGAGCAAGCCGAAAAGGUGGACGUGGAUGUGGAUGUGAAGCAAGAAGAACAAGGAGGAGAGGAAGUGGGAGAGGGAGAGGGAGAGGGAGAGGUGGAAGACCCUGCGAUUGCUGCGUUCGACCCUUCCCCCGCUCCCGUCCCUGCUCCUGGGCUUCCGAACAAUGUGAAGAAGGAAGUCGUCGUACCCAGCCCUUCCGCUCUCGCCCAACCCAAGCUUACUCCCUUGCCUUUGCCCGGGCAGGAAGUGGGAGAGGAUGGUAAGCCACCCCACAGACCUAAAGAGACAGCCUCGCACAUCACCAUCAACCUCGGCAAACCCAACGCUGAGCAUAUCGUCCCCCCUACACCAGGGGCGCUGAAUGUGCAGGCUAUCACGAUCACCAAGACGCCUGCAGGUGGGGAAGGGGAAGGUGGGUUUGGGGCGGGGAGGAAGGUGGGGGUUACGAGGCAGUUUAUGGGGUAUACUAUGUCUAAAGGCAGGAUUAGGUUGAUCGACUCGCGCUCCGGUGCCCGACUCAUGCUCCAAACUACCACCCCCACCCCCCUCUCUGGGCCCGGGUCGGGGUCAGGGAGCAUCAUCGACCUCGCCGUGACCCCCGUCUAUAUCGCCGCCCUCGCCUCGGACAGGUCCCUCUGGAUCUGGCGCGUGCCCCCCGGGUGGGCGUAUGAUAACCCGCCGGUGGAGCUUGUUUUUGUUGGACAUACCGCUGGAGCUGGACAGGGGGGGCAGGGGGGGUAUUGGACGGAAGGCGCGGAGAGGGUGGAGUGGGUGAAGCGGCAUGGUGGGGAUCAGCUUGUCAUUGGCGGUAAAGAAGGUGUCGUGCUGUUCAACCCCCUGCACCCCUCCCUCCCGGGCCAAGGCCCCGCCCCGCACCCUCCCUCCCUCUUCUCCACCGCCUCCACCCCCUCCAUCAGCCCCUUACUCAAAUCCGACGGCCCCCUCGUCGAUUUCUGCAUCAACGCCCAAAACGUCGCCCUCGGGCUCUUGUCGGAGACGGGGCAUUUCACGCUGUAUUCGCUUGGGAGCUUGAACAGGGUGUGGGCGAGGAUGUUGCCGGGGAGCGGGAGUGCGGUGCAUGAGAGGGUGAGCGGGUGUUUGUUUGUGGAGAGUAAUGUGCUUGUUGGGAGGGGGGGUGGGGGGCAUUGGGAUUUGGUGCAGAUUUCGACGGAUAUUGCUGUUUUGUCGAGUAUUCGGUUCCUCCCCCCGCCUUCCGCCUCGGCGGGGGAGAAGGGGAAGGGGAAGCACGGGACGAAAGCGGUGUAUGACCCGUGGUCCGGACUAUUGUUUAUCGCGCCGUACUUGCGCAACUCGCUCUACGCAUUCCGAUACGCGCUUAAAGGCAGUGCGCCGCUGAGGGACGUGUCGCUGCCGAAUGGCCCGAGGGUGGUUGGGUUUGACCUCUUGUCAGAGUUUCCCCUCUCUCCUCCCUCCCCUCCCUCCUCGGCAGGGGAAGAGACGGGGGUCAGUUCGUUAGCGAUGAUAGCCUCGCUCGGGAACCAACCGGGGAGGGAAGAGGGUGAUUUGGAUUUCGUGGUGAAGACGGAUAAGGGCGCUGUUAGUCUGCAUCUUACGCGGCUUGGGGUUGAGAUUGCCCAAGGCCGGCUUGGGGCUGAGGAGAAGGAGGAUGGGGAGAAGGAGAAGGGGAAGGAGAAGGAAGAGGAAGAAGGGUGGACCAAGGUGGUGGAGAAGCCGGAGCCUGUACAGGCUUGGGCGAGUCGACCUGCUGCCCCGGCUAGUAUCCCCGCGCCGAAAAUCAAGGUCAUCGGUGAGCGUGAGCACGAACAACAACAGCAGCAGGCGACGCUUUCACACCCUCUUCCGAGUGGGACGACUUUGGCGCCGAACCAUCCUUCUGAGAGUGAGAAGGCGGGUACGCCCUCUGCGCCGGGGUCGGUCAGUGGGGGGGAUGGGGGUAAGAAGGGGAAGAAGGAGAAGAAACAGAAGGAGAGAGAGGAGAGGAUGGUGAGGGAUUUGAAGCGCGAAGAGCAAGAGGAUAAGGAAAAGGCUGGGAAGAAGGAGAAGGAGGAUAAAGUAAGGGAGAGGGAAGGGCAGUUGAGAGAGGCGGGGUUGUUGGGUACGGAGGGUGUUGGUAGGGAUGAGGUGGAGAGUCUGCUGGGAGAAUUGGAAGCUCGAUUGGGCAGACAGUUCCAGCAAGAUCUCAAUACGGCUCUAUUCCCGAUCACGCAGAAAGUCGAAUACCUCUCUUCCCCUGCCUACCUCGCUUCCCUCACCUCGGCCCUAUCGUCUUCCCUCCAGUCUACUCUCCUGCCUGCGCUUUCCCAAAACAUCGGUAAAGACAUCCUCGGCGCGAGCAAGGCUAGUACGCGCGAGGUGGUGAGCCUAGUUGGUAGGGAGGUGGGGCGAAAGGUGGAUGAGAGUGUGGAUAGUGUUGUGAGGGUUGUUGUGCAAGAGGCGGUCGUGCAAGACCUGUUGCCUGUCCUCAGGCAAGAGACGGUCCGACAAACGCAAGCUAUCUCUGCCGACCUCCAUUCCGAGCUUUUGCAGCUCCGCAAAUCCCUCUCCCCGCCGCCUCUUCCUCCCCCCGCGCCCAAGGGCCCGACGAAAGAAGAGCUGCAAGAGCAAAAAGAGAGGCAGAAGGAGAGGAAGGAGGCGAGGGAGAGGUGGGUGCAGUGGGAGAAGGAGAGGGAGGAGGAGGGGAAGAGGUGGGAGGGGGUGAGGGGGGAGAUGAGAGAGUUGAGAAAGUUGUUGCAGAGUCAGCAGGGGCAGGGGUCGAGGGAAGUAUCGGCUUCGGCACCUAUCGUCCCCGCGCACGCCCAUCCUACUGCUCCUUCCAACCCCGUCCCUCAGCACCACCAACCUCCUCCUCAUCCACCAUUCCCCCACCCCGGCCCUCACCCGAACCAGUUCCCCCAGCACCCUCCCUUCCCGCCGCCUUCCCCGGCGCAGUUGGCGGAUACGUUUAUUGCGGUGCUUUCGAAACAAUCGGUGCCAGAGACGGUGCAGUUGGUGAUGGAUCAUAGGCCGUUGACGGAUUAUAUUUUGCCGGUAAAUGGGGCGGGGAAGAGCCCGCUUGGGCAGGCUGUGUUGUUGACGGUUGUGCAUCGACUCUCAACUGCCCUAUCCGACCUCCCUCUUUCUCCCAACACGCCGACUCUACUCGAAUGGCUCCGCCGAUCGCUCACCCAUCUCCAACCGGGAGAUGCAGAGAUUGAGACGUGGGCCGGUAGGGUUUUGCCUCUAGUCAGAGAUGGAGUGGUGAGGUUUGUUGAGAGGGCGGGUGUGGAGGGAGGACCUGCUGGGAGGGGGUUGGUGAAUGAGGGACGAGAGUUGGUUUCGCAGGUGGAGAGCAAGAUGGGUUGA